UUUGUUUGGAAUAUAAGAAAUAGAAUACGUAGAAAAAUGAAGACUCGAUUUAAUUCGUAUGAUAUCGUGUGCACUCUAAGCGAGUUGCAAAAGCUCGUCGGUAUGCGUGUAAAUCAAAUAUAUGAUAUUGAUCAUCGAACUUAUCUUAUACGUCUUCAACGAAGCGAAGAAAAAUGCAUCCUUUUAUUGGAAUCGGGUAUCAGAAUUCACACAACAGCUUUCGAAUGGUCAAAAAAUGUAGCACCAUCAGGAUUUUCAAUGAAGAUGCGUAAACAUCUCAAAAACAAACGACUUGAAAGCCUUACUCAAGUCGGUGUAGAUAGAAUAAUAAAUUUACAGUUUGGUAGUGGUGAGGCUGCGUAUCAUGUAAUAUUAGAAUUAUAUGAUAGGGGUAACAUAGUUCUUACAGAUCACGAAAUGACUAUUUUAAACAUAUUGAGACCUCAUACAGAGGCAGAUAAAAUUAGGUUUGCUGUUAAAGAGAAAUAUCCUAUGGAUCGUGCCCAUAAAAAUACUAUGCCAUCAAUAGAAGAAAUUCAACAGCAUCUCCAAAAUGCUAAACCAGGAGAAACUCUCAAGAAAGUCUUGAACCCACUUCUAGAAUUUGGUUCAUCAUUAAUUGAUCAUGUUUUAUUAAAGCAUGCAUUUACCCUUGGCUGCAGAAUAGGCAAUGAUUUCAAUGUUAUGGAUCAUAUGCCAAAGUUAAUUCUGGCCUUGGAAUGUGCAAAUGAAAUGAUGGAGUCUGCGACCAAGAAUGUCUCUCAGGGUUACAUUAUACAAAAGAAAGAAACAAAACCGACUACAGAUGGCAAAGAGGAUUUUAUAUAUACUAACAUUGAAUUUCAUCCAUUUUUAUUUGAACAACAUAAAAACUCUCCGUAUAAAGAGCUUGCAUCUUUCGAUGUUGCAGUAGAUGAAUACUUUUCUGCUAUGGAAGGUCAGAAGUUAGACUUGAAGGUUUUGCAACAGGAACGCGAGGCUCUUAAGAAAUUGGAAAAUGUUAGGAAAGAUCACGAUCAGAGGUUGAUAACACUUGGGAAGACUCAAGAGAUAGAUAAGCAGAAAGCGGAAUUAAUUUCCAGAAAUCAAGCUCUAGUAGACAAUGCUAUAUUAGCUAUACAAAGUGCCCUCGCAAAUCAGAUGGCUUGGCCAGAUAUAAAGGUCCUGUUGAAAGAAGCAGAGAGCAGGGGGGAUCCUGUUGCAUCUGCGAUAAAACAAUUGAAAUUGGAGACAAAUCACAUUUCAUUACUUUUACACGAUCCCUAUGAAGACAGCGACGAAGAAUCGGAAUUAAAACCUCUGUUGAUUGAUAUUGACUUAGCUCACACUGCUUUUGGAAAUGCUACAAAGUAUUACAGUCAGAAGAGAUCAGCAGCUAAAAAGCAACAAAAAACAAUAGAGUCUCAGGAUAAAGCCUUGAAAUCUGCAGAAAAGAAAACAAAGCAAACAUUGAAAGAGGUGCAAGCCAUUCAUAGCAUUAACAAGUUGAGAAAAAUAUAUUGGUUUGAAAAAUUCUAUUGGUUUAUUAGUUCUGAAAAUUAUCUAGUAAUUGGUGGAAGAGAUCAACAGCAAAAUGAAUUGAUUGUGAAAAGGUAUCUUAAAUCUGGAGAUCUCUAUGUUCAUGCUGAUUUAACUGGUGCCAGUUCUGUUGUAAUUAAAAAUCCUGGUGGUGAUCCAGUCCCCCCAAAAACUUUGGCUGAAGCAGGCACAAUGGCUGUAGCUUAUAGUAUUGCGUGGGAGGCUAAAGUAGUGGCUGGAGCAUGGUGGGUAAACAAUGACCAGGUGUCAAAAACAGCUCCGACUGGUGAAUAUCUUACUACCGGGUCGUUCAUGAUUCGUGGAAAGAAGAAUUAUUUGCCCCCGUGCCAGUUGAUUAUGGGAUUAGGAUUUCUGUUUCGUUUAGAGGAAAGUUCAGUUGAACGACACAAAGAUGAGAGGAGGGUCAGAAUUGUGGACGAUGAAAGUGAACACAUAGAAUCUGUAACUGAAGAAGACAAAGAAAUCGAAUUAAUAGGAGAUUCUGAUGAAGAAGAGCAGCUUGAAACGAAAGAUGACCUAAAUCCCAUUCUGGAAGAAUCUAAGGAAGAUUUAAUCACAGAAGAAGAUAAUGUUAAUCGAAAUAGUAGCGAUGAAGACGAGAGUACAUCACAGUUUCCAGAUACACAAAUUAAAAUUGAUAUAUCUGGUCCUAAAAUGAAGCUGCAUGUCGAUAAGAAUCAAUCAAAAAUAUUACAAAGUAAUGAAGAAAAUGUGAUUUAUUUGGGCGAUGACAAACCUGUAAUCAUAAAUACUGCUGUUAAGGAAAAGAGUUCUAAUAAAAGUAAUCAGAAGCAACCUUUUAAACACGAUAAUGAAAAGUCUGAAAUAGAGAGUAAAAAGAAUGAUCAAUUAAUAUUAAAAAGAGGACAGAAAGGAAGAUUGAAGAAAAUGAAGGAGAAGUAUAAAGAUCAGGAUGAGGAAGAUAGACGAUUAUCUAUGCUAGUACUUCAAUCGGCAGGUGCUGCAAAAGAGGAUAAACGAAAGAAUAAAAAUAAAGAUCCAUCUGGACCAAAACAACAAGGAAAAAAGAAAGGUACAGCGAAACCACGUCCACCACAAAAUUCUCAAGUUGUAGAUAAUGUUGAAGAAGAAGAUACGGGUCCAGGACCGGAAGUAGACAUGCUGGAUCAGCUGACGGGAAAACCAGUUACAGAAGAUGAACUGCUAUUUGCUAUACCAGUAGUUGCACCUUAUAAUACUGUAUUGAAUUACAAAUUCAAGGUAAAAUUAACACCAGGAACAGGCAAGAGAGGAAAAGCAGCAAAAACAGCAGUGGCAGUAUUCUUAAAGGAUAAAGAGAUUACUUUGCGAGAAAAAGACUUGUUAAAAGCUGUUAAGGAAGAAACAAUAGCUAGAAAUAUUCCCGGAAAAGUUAAGAUUAGCGCUCCACAAAUACAAAAAUUAAAGAAGUAAGCGUUUCCUGUAGAAUAUUGCCAAAAUACUGUAUACAAAAUGUAUAUAGAGAAAUUUACGGUCCAAUUUAUGUUACCAAUAAGUUAUUAUUUUUGCUAUAAAGGAACAUGCAAAGCAUGCAUUCAGGUACUAUAACGUCUUCAUAAUUUUUAAAUAUUGU